UUCGCCUACGUACAAAAGCGCGCAAACAAAUAUUGUCGGAGUCAGAAGAAUGCAAUGGUGUUAAGACCACGUCACAUCUAUUGGUAGAUUUAGUAGGCCUACAAAAUAAAGUUUUGCCUAAUUUAAUUAAAUAGAAAUAGGCCCAACGCAUUUUAAAGUGGAAUUAAAAGUAAUUUCAGUGUAAAAAAAUAAAUAAAUCAAUAACUAGAUUUAGAUCUAGGCCUAUAUAUAUCUAACGUUAAACGAGUUAUUAAGAUUAGAUUACAUUAACUAAAAAUGUUCAAAAGAGCAAGCGUUUCUUUUAUAAAUAAAUCUAAAUACGCUCAAAUACUUCAUAGCCAAGUUGCCGAAAAAGUGAGUAUAGGCCUACUGAACUGCCAACGAAAUUUUAGAUUCAGCAGACCAACUACAUCGUUUGGAAUAAAAGAUUCAUCGAAAAAAUGGAUCAUCAUCACAGGUGUUGGAUUAGCCAUAAUUUCAAGCGGACUGAAAAUAAAAAGAUUGAAAGCCGGUGACAGUGGUAGAGAAGAGAACGCUGGAAGACGUUUCUAUGAAGAAACAGAUGAACACGAUGAGUCUCUGGGAGAAAAGGAUAGUGAGCCCCUUAUUACGGAAACCAAAAUUAAUGAAAUUGUCUUAAUAGAUGAAGUACAGACAUUUUGUUCAAAUGGGACUGGCAUUCUCAAUGUGUAUCACUUUCAUCCUGUCAUGAAUCAUAGAACAACAGUACGUGAAAUAAGUCCACAACCUGAGGAUUUACAGAAAAAUGCUAUUUUCCCAGGAAAAAAAGAAGACCAAGCAAUUAUUAAACGUAUUACAAAAGAACAGUAUGAAAAAUGUACAGAAGAUUUCAGUAGAUCACAAAUAGAUGACCCCAAGAAAUUCGUUUUUAAUAAUGAACAAGGGACUCCACUAGCAAUUUCCAAAAUUAUGCAUGAUGCAAAGCCCGUAAAAAGCCCAACUAAAACAUUACAUCAGUAUGAGAAACAAGGAGGUUUUGAGGAUGCAAAAAAUGAUUUAAAGUAUCUUAGUACGCAAGAAAUAGAAGUAAUUAAAGAUGUUUAUCUCGGAGGAGCAGGAAACACCAAAUUAAAUGCUCGCAAAAAUAGCACUUAUCCGACAGAUAGGACUGAAUAUGCACCCACUUUAGAAAUAAUUAAUAAGGAAAGUAGAACUAAAUUCCGGUAUUUGGCUGAAGAUAAAGGUGCGACAGGUUAAACUCCAUUUGAAGAUUAUGAUAGUAGAGAUAAAAAAAGAUCGAAGAAAUUUUAGCACAACAAAAUCUGGAUGCGCAAUACAACAUGUGCGUAGCCAAGAUUUUUUUUUUUUGGGGGGGGGGGGGGGCGUGAGUUUUUUUUUUCUUUGUACACACAGAGAGAUAUAUAGAUAGGUAGAUAUGUAUAUUUCGAACGGCUCUUAUACCCAAAAAUAGGUUCUUUCUGUAGUUAGUGGAACGAUAGUAGACAUCUACCCCUUGCCAGCAAGGGUUCCUGGGAGAUCUCCCAUCGGGAGAAACAUUAUUUUCUGUAUAAGAAAUGAAAAAAAAAAAAGCAUAUUCUGAGUAGUGUCCUGCUACUCUUCUAUUAUAAAAUUGUAAUUCUGUCAAGAGCAGGUGUGUGUAAGAUGUGAGUGUGUGUGUGUUUGUUAAUUUUAUUAGUUGUGAGUUGUGAACUGUUUUAUCACAGGUUUUUCAAGGGGCUUAAUAAAGUUUUAGUAUCCAUCCAGUGAUUAGUCUAGUCAGUUAGAGAGCUGACCUGGUCUGAGCAGGGUGUUUGUGGUUCUUUUUGGUUAUUCUGUUUAGAGAAAGGAGAUAUUACUCUUUCUACGUGAUGGCUUUAAUAUUUUUGUAAUGCUAUAGUGUUUGAUAAAACCUUGAGAUAAUACAUUAUUGAAUCUAACCUAAGCCCCUUGAGAAUUUAAUUUGGGCACAUUUAAUACUUUUUAGUAUGUUAAGAUUGCGUGUACAGUAUUAUAUAUGUAACCCAUGUAUGCUGUGUAUAAAUACUACUCCUUUGUCUAUAAUAACAAAUAUGGAAGAUCAGAGAAUUGGCCACUGUGGCAUCUCCUUCGUGUUGAAUAUAAAUAGAGAAUCAUAUUCUUAUCCUUGGGUAUUAAACACAAACCCACCUGCACUCGUUAUACUUUAAAGUGACCAGCAGCCAUUCAUUGUCACUCUAUACAGUUGGUAUCAUACCUAUAAAAAGGUUUAGGGGGUUAAACACAAACCCUUAUGCAAUUAAGUGACUGUAGCUUUGCUUUUCUUUUUAUUGGAAGUUGGUUUUAACCUGAAAAACCAACUUAUCUACAUUGAAACCCAACCCUCUAUGGCUACAUUCAUGUAGUUAAAUGACUGUUAUUUGCCUUAAUUUUUUUAUUAAAAAAAAAGGGGAGGGGUAAACUCAAAAAACCUUUGGCUAAGCUCAUCGUAGUUGGUGACU